GUGUCCUUCCCGCAUCGCCGUCUGUGCCUGCACUGCCUGGCCCCGCCCGAUCUCGCCCUCGCCGAACGCCCUUCGUCCCUGCCUCCAGUCCAUCCGUUCUCCAAGAUGCUUCUGUUGCCCGGCUCCUCGGCCCUCUCCGACUUCCGCAAGGAUCGUCUGCUCAAGUCUCUCAAAUCGGCCCUGCCCGCUGCCGCCGAUGUUCGCGCCUUCUUUGUCCAUCUGGUCCUUCCCUCGGCCCAAUUCCCUUCUGAGGGCACCCCCGAGCGUGUCCAGAUCCUUGACCAUCUCAAGCUGCUGCUCAGAUACGGCUCCAUCUCCGAAAACACUCUGUCGCCACAGGAGCAGCAGUGGCUCGCUGCCAUCGCCUCCACGGGCAAGCUGACCGACGAUCACUGGCAGCUCUUCCUUGUCCUUCCUCGCCCCGGAACCAUCUCGCCGUGGUCGUCCAAGGCCACCGACAUUGCCCGCACCUGCGGUCUCCAGAAUGAGGUCAAGCGCAUCGAGCGCGGCAUCGCCUUCUUUGUUCACGUCGAGGAUGGCCAGCACAUCUCCGACGCCGACGUCGCCAAGUUCUCUGACUUGAUUCACGACCGGAUGACUCAGGUUGUUCUGCGACACGUUCCCGACGAAACCCUCAUCUUCAGCAGCGGCCAGCCCAAGCUUUUGAACUCGGUCAACCUUCUGGCUGCUGUGGAGCAGAAGCAAUCCCCCCGAGACGUCCUGGUCAAGGCCAACAAGGACUGGGGCCUGGCUCUCGCCGAAGACGAAAUCGACUAUCUCGUUGACGCCUUCAUCAACCCCAAGGAGCCCGGCGAGAAGCCCCGCAACCCCACCGACAUUGAGCUCAUGAUGUUUGCCCAGGUCAACUCGGAGCACUGUCGCCACAAGAUCUUUGGCGCCUCCUGGACCAUCGACGGUACCGACCGCCCCAACUCGCUCUUCGGUAUGAUCAGAAACACCUACAAGCAGCACCCCGAGCACAUUCUCUCGGCUUACAGCGAUAACGCCGCUGUGCUCUCGGGCCCCACCGCCUCCCGCUUCGCCGCCGACCCCGAAAACAGCAACGUCUACUUCACCACCACCGAGCACAUCCACACCCUUGCCAAGGUCGAGACCCACAACCACCCGACCGCCGUCUCGCCCUUCCCUGGCGCCUCCACCGGCUCCGGUGGCGAGAUCCGUGACGAAGGAGCCGUUGGACAGGGCUCCAAACCCAAGGCGGGUCUCACGGGCUUUACCGUCUCCAACCUGAACAUCCCCGACUUUACACAGCCUUGGGAAACCAGCGUCAACCCCGGCAAGCCCGCCCAUGUGGCCUCGUCCCUCGAUAUCAUGAUCCAGGGCCCCCUCGGCGGCGCUGCCUUCAACAACGAGUUCGGCCGCCCCAAUCUCACUGGCUACUUCCGAACCUACCUCGAGCGCAUUCCGACCCAGGAGGGUUCGGAGCUCCGUGGCUACCACAAGCCCAUCAUGAUUGCCGGCGGCAUGGGCACCAUUCGUCCCAUGCACAUCUUCAAGAAGCCCAUCCAACCAGGAUGCCAUGUGAUUGUCCUCGGCGGCCCCUCAAUGCUUAUCGGUCUUGGUGGCGGCGCGGCCUCGUCCAUGGCCCAGGGCCAGAGUUCGGCCGAGCUUGAUUUUGCCUCGGUCCAGCGCGACAACCCGGAGAUGCAGCGCCGCUGCCAGCAAGUCAUCGACACCUGCAACUCGCUCGGAGACAAGACCCCGAUCAUUGCCAUCCACGACGUUGGUGCCGGCGGUCUGUCCAACGGCCUGCCCGAGCUGGUCCAUGACUCGGACCUUGGUGCCAUCUUCCAGCUUCGCGAUGUGCCGUGCGACGACCCGCGAAUGAGCCCCAUGGAGAUCUGGUGCAACGAGUCCCAGGAGCGAUACGUCCUGGCUGUCUCCCCGGCCGACCUCGAGCGGUUCUCCAGUAUUUGCAAGCGCGAGCGCUGCCCAUUUGCCGUCGUCGGUGUUGCUACCGCCGAGAAGCGCCUGAUUGUUCAGGACUCACUCUUCAAGAACACCCCAAUCGAUCUGCCCAUGUCGACGCUCUUCGGCAAGCCCCCCAAGAUGCAUCGCGUUGCCACGACCCUGCCCAAGGCUCUCCCGUCCUUUGCUCUGCCUGCCCAAGCCACCAUCGAGGAGGCGACGGCGCGUCUGCUCCAUCUUCCGACCGUCGCCUCAAAGUCGUUCCUCAUCACCAUCGGCGACCGCACGGUGACUGGCCUGGUUGCCCGCGAUCAAAUGGUUGGCCCCUGGCAGGUCCCCGUUGCCGACGUCUCGAUCAUUGCCUCUGGCUACGAGGGAUACACCGGCCAAGCCAUGGCCAUGGGCGAGCGCACUCCCUCUGCCCUUGUCAACGCUGCCGCCGCCGCCCGCAUGUCGAUUGCCGAAUCUCUGACCAACCUUGUUGCAGCCAAUGUCGAGGAUCUCGCAACCAUCCGCCUCAGUGCCAACUGGAUGUCGGCCGCCUCCCACCCGGGCGAAGGUUCGGCCCUUUACGAGGCCGUCGAGGCGGUUGGCCUCGAUCUCUGCCCCAAGCUCGGCAUCACCGUCCCUGUGGGAAAGGACUCCAUGUCCAUGAAGACCCAGUGGAGCGACCGCGGCGAGAAAAAAUCCGUCACGGCCCCGCUCAGUCUGAUCAUCACCGCCUACGGCCCCGUCCAUGAUGCCCGCCGUACGCUCACUCCCGAAUUGCGCACCAACGUGGGCCCCACCAGCCUCCUGUUCAUCGAUCUGGCCAACGGCAAGCAGCGCAUGGGCGGCAGCUGCCUCGCCCAGGUUUACAACCAGAUCGGUGCCGACACCCCCGAUGUCGAGUCGGCCGAGAGCCUCAAGGCUUUCUGGGAUGCGCUGCAGAAAGCCCGCUCCACCGGCGACAACAACGGACAGGGCCUGAUCCUGGCCUACCACGACCGCUCCGACGGAGGUCUCCUGACCACCCUCCUGGAGAUGGCCUUUGCUGCCCAUGUCGGCUUCAGCGCCGAUAUCUCGGCGAUCCAGUCCGGUGAUGCGGUCUCGGCCCUCUUCAACGAAGAGCUUGGCGCCGUGGUGCAGGUGCGCUCGAGCGAUGUGGCCAAGGUCAAGGCCGUCUUCCAUGGAUGCGGUUUCGACAUCAGCCACAUCCAUGACCUCGGUGAGGUCAACGCCUUUGGCAACGACGCCAUCCAGAUCCGAUCCAAGGGCGAAACCGUCCUGUCGGGCCACCGGGUGACGUAUCAGCGCAUGUGGAGUGCCACAUCCUACAAGAUGCAGGCCCUCCGGGAUCAUCCCGCCUGUGCCAAGGCCGAGUACGACGCCAUCCUGGACAAUCGCGAUCCUGGCAUCAACCCCGUUACCACCUUUUCUCCCAGCGACGACAUUGCCGCCCACAUCAUCGAAAAGACCCCUGUGGACAAGAAGCCUCGCGUCUGUGUUCUGCGCGAGCAGGGCGUCAACAGCUUUGGCGAGAUGGCCUGGGCCUUCCACAAGGCUGGCUUUGAAGUCGUGGAUGUCCACAUGACCGAGAUCUUGAACGGCUCUGUUGCGCUCGAUUCGUUUGUCGGCCUGGCCUGCCCCGGUGGCUUCAGUUAUGGCGACGUUCUUGGAGCCGGCGCUGGCUGGGCCAAGAGCAUCCUCCUCAACAAGCACGCUCGGGCCGAGUUUGUCAAGUUCUUCAACCGCAAAGAUACCUUCACCCUGGGCAUCUGCAACGGCUGUCAGAUGCUCAGCAAUCUCAAGGAGAUCAUCCCCGGUGCCCAGAACUGGCCAUCGUUCCUGCGCAACCGAAGCGAGCAGUUCGAGGCCCGCCAGUGCACCGUCGAGAUCGUCAACGGCAAGAGCGUGUUCUUUGCAGGUAUGGAGGGCACCCGCAUCCCCAUCGCCGUUGCCCACGGCGAAGGCCGCGCCGAGUUUGUGUCGGAUGAGAGUCUCGAGACUUCGGUCCAGGACGGCAACAUUGCCUGCCGAUUCGUCGACAACUACGGUGCCCCGGCCGGCGUCGAUCGCUACCCCUUCAACCCCAACGGCAGUCCCUUUGGUAUCACCGGCCUGACGAAUGACGAUGGCCGAGUGACCAUCAUGAUGCCUCACCCCGAGCGCGUGGUCCGAAGCAUCUCCAACACCUGGGGCGCCCAGCGCUUCGGCUGGGGCGAGGACGGUGCCUGGCUGAGGAUGUUCCGGAACGCCCGCGUCUGGGUCGAGCGCACCUCGCAGCAGUAGAUCCGGCGUUGUCAAGGUUGCCAAAGUGCGGCCACGCUGCAAAUCCUUGUACUGGCCACACCAAUUGCUCUCCCCCCACGUUCUCCCGGCGGAGCGUUGCCGUCCGUGGAUGCUCUGCGGUGUGCUGCCACCCGAGCGCUGAUGCAGAAGCGAGUC